AUUUCGCGCUCUUUUAUUCUCGUAACAUAAAUCAUUUAACAUUAAUAAAGUGAUAACUUUAAAUAAAAAAAAGGAUAUGUUGGACGAAACAUUUAAAGAAUUUUAAGAGAUGGAGUUCGCUUUGAGUCAUAGCAAAUCAUGGCCGGUUAACACGGUGGCGGUUGUUCAAUUACGAGUCGAUUCUAAUGGAAAAUCUUACAGCACUUUCAUGGAGAGACUCGAGGAAGAUGCAAAAAUUGAAGUUAAAAAUGAAAAUGGCUUAAUUUUAAAGUUGUCCAAAGAAAAUUUCGACAUAUUAACAAAAUCCAACGAAAGAAGAUGUAAAACGAUAAGAACCGAUACGGUUUCGACGAUUCUCGAGCAAGAAUUCGAAACGGACGUCGACAUUCAAACGGAUUCGGAGAAAAUUUACGAAACAUUUCACGUUUUAGCUUUAUCAUCCGCCGAAGGAAACAAUUCCAAAGAGAUUAUUAUUAAUAAAUCCGAAAAAAACGGGAUUUCGAGACGAGAAAGUGCUAAAUUUGAUAAUUGGGAUUUAAUUUAUACUGAAACUCGUUCGAAUAAACCGAAAUGUCCGAUUCAUGGUGAUUCGCAAGCUUUAAAUGUUUGCCCUUGCAAUAAAUCUAAUAAACAAAAAGGACCGCCUUGUAUGGAACACACCGAUUGUAUGCUUCCGGAGUUGCCGUUGGACGCGAGAAAAGUAACAACAUUACGAAGACAUUAUUAUCCGGAAGGGGGGUGGGGUUGGGUUAUAGUCGCGUGUUCUUUACUCGUUCACGUUCUAAACCAUGGAAUUCAAGUGUCAUGUUCGCAAUUGGUACUUCCGGCUUCUACGAAAUUCAAGACGUUACCAGUACAUGUUGCAGGUCUUCUUAUUCAUUUUCAUUCUUUGACUGGCGUUGAAGUUAGAAUAACUGAAUGUUUCAUUCUACUAGUUUACUAA